UCUACUUCUCCCCCUUCUCUUCCUUGUCGUUCUUUGGAUUAUAGACUUUUGGAUUUUACUUAUCUUUUCGGCGACGCUUUAUGUUACAAUUGCGUCUUUGCUAAGAAGCGCUCAUUGCUUAGAUCUGAUAUUUCGAUAGUCUCCACCUCGAGGAAUUCUUCGAAGAUGGGCCAGCCAUCGUUUCAGGCUUCGAAUGCCAUCUUAUAUCUCACUUAUGGCGCCUUUCUUUUACUGGGAACCGGCUUGGCCUGGAAGAUGAGAAACCAGCCCAAAUCCGAAUUCCUUGCAGGGAACAGAACUCAGUCUGCGUUUCCUUUGGCCCUCAACUUCAUCGCUGCCGCUAUGGGUUCGGGUAUUCUAUUCUCCUAUCCCCAGCUAGCUACUCUUGCCGGUGUCCAGGGAGUCGUUGUCUAUGCGAUUGCGUCUGCCUGCCCGCUGUUGGUCUUCGCAGCCCUUGCACCUGUCAUCCGUAGGAAGUGCCCAGAAGGUUUCGUACUCACGGAAUGGACGAGACAGCGGUAUGGCAUAGUUACGGCGCUUUAUCUAGGUGCCCUGACUCUCCUGACACUGUUUCUAUAUAUGGUGGCGGAGCUCUCUGCGAUCGGCCAAGUUGUCGAGGCCUUGACCGGACUGGAUGGCCUUCCAAUUGUCAUCGUCGAGUGCAUCGUUACAACAAUUUAUACAUCCCUUGGAGGAUUCAAGAUCUCCUUCAUCACCGACAAUAUUCAAGGCGCCAUGAUCUGCUGCCUGAUUCUUAUAGCUACGAUCACCGUCGGCGCGAAAACAGAAAUCAAGCGGGAGCUGAUUGUCGAUUCUGGUCUUCUCAACCCUAGUCUCGUGGGAUGGCAGCUCAUAUAUAUAUUGCCCGUUGCUGUCCUGACGAAUGACUUCUUCCUAGCCAAUUUCUGGCUUCGUGCUUUCGCUUCCAAAACUGACAAGGAUCUCUGGGUCGGUGUUUCUGUGGCUAUGGUUGUUAUCCUGAUCGUUCUUACAUUAGUUGGCUGUACCGGUCUGAUCGCUGUUUGGUCGGGCGCUUUCCCUCCUGAUGAAGAUGGUUCUGUUGCUUUCUUCCUCCUGCUCGAACAGCUACCUAACUGGGUCGUCGGUAUUGUCAUAGUCAUGUCAGUCUGCCUGAGCACCGCAGCUUUCGAUAGUUUACAGUCUGCUAUGGUGUCCUCUGCCUCCAACGAUAUCUUUCGAAAUCGCCUCAAUAUCUGGUGGAUUCGUGGCGCUGUUGUGCUGGUUAUCUUCCCAGUUGUAGUGCUAGCGUUGAAGGCGCCGAGCAUCUUACAGAUCUACUUGAUAUCCGACCUUCUGUCCGCUGCUACGAUUCCGGUACUUAUGCUCGGUUUAUCGGAUCGAUUCUACUGGUGGCGGGGCUUCGAGGUCUUGGUUGGGGGAUUAGGCGGGAUAUUGACAGUCUUCAUCUUCGGAACUAUAUACUACGGCGACGCGCAGCUGGGUGGCGAGCUCAUCCUCCUGGAACAGGGACUAUACACCGGCGACUGGGGCGCAUUCGGAGCCUUCGUCGCGGCACCCGUUGGAGGUUUGCUCUGGGGUUUCGGCGCAUUGGCAUUAAGACUGGCAGUUCAACUAGCCCAAUCGAAGGUGCGAGGUACUCGAUUCGAUGCGCUCGAUCGCCCUACGGUUGUAGCACAACCGGAAGAUUCCGAUGCCUUAGCCUCGGUAAGUGAAGAGGCGACUACGACUAAGAUAACCGGCAAGUUCUUUUAGAUUGCCUGCGGGGGGGUAGAAAAGAUUUUGAGCGCGAGGAGGGUGAUGCGGUGCUGGUGCUGUUUAGAGGAAGGGGAGAGGGGCUAGAGAGCGGGUAAAAGAACAACAGGGUCGAGGAGGGACUGGGAAUAAGCGAAUAGGCGAU